GCAUCUCCACCCCCCCCAGUUGGCUUGGACUGUCCUCUCCAGUCUGGUGUUCCGCCGACCAGGCUGCUCCAGCUAGUGAGUCGUUACGUGAGUGAGGAGUCGUAGUGUGGACACUUUUCUCCUUGGAGUGCUCGCUUGGCCAACCGCUUCGGAGGAGCCUCCGUGAACUUCCAACUCUCCCAUGUGGACAUUAUUAGAGCUUUGAGGUGAAAGGGGAACUUCCCACUACCAUCACUACCCUCCGUCCCUUCCUCGGUCCUCCUCACUCGUUCUCCAGCUUCGGGCGUCCAUGAGAUCCGUGCUCGACCGAAGUUAGCUGAUUUUGGGGGGGCGGGGGGGGGGUGAAAAAGAAGAGGAGGCUGAGGAGGAGAAGAAAAGAAAAGUUAGCGGGGGGAAGAUGGUCCGCCUGCUGUGCGUCCUGGCGGUCAGCCUCGGCUUCUUCACGCCGCCGCCGCCGUGCCACGCUCGGAUUUACACCAACCACUGGGCGGUCAGGAUAGCCGGCGGGGCCGCGGUGGCGGAGCGGAUAGCGGAGAAGUAUGGUUACAGGAACAUGGGACAGAUUGGGGACUUGAAAGACCACUACCACUUCUUCCACAGUCGGACCAUUAAGAGGUCCACUUUGUCAAGUCGCGGUCGCCACAGUUUCAUCUCAAUGGAGCCCAAGGUGGAGUGGAUCCAGCAGCAGGUGGUGAAGAGGAGGAUCAAGAGGGAUUACAAGCAGGCUCCGCCCCUUUCUCUGUCGAGCCACACCCACAGCAUCCCAGCCUUCCUCAGCAACAUCUUCUACAAUGAUGCCAAAUGGAGCAGUAUGUGGUACAUUCACUGCAGUGAUGAUGUUCACAACUGUCAGUCGGACAUGAACAUCAUGGGAGCGUGGAAGCGGGGUUAUACGGGGAAAGGCGUGGUUGUGACCAUCCUGGACGACGGCAUCGAGCGCAACCACCCGGACCUCGCUCAGAACUACGACCACCAAGCCAGCUUUGACGUGAACGGCAAUGACCUGGAUCCUAUGCCACGCUAUGACGCAACCAACGAGAACAAACACGGAACGCGGUGUGCAGGAGAAGUGGCUGCGUCCGCAAACAACUCACACUGCAUUGUGGGAAUUGCCUACAACGCCAGAAUAGGAGGCGUGCGCAUGCUGGACGGGGAUGUGACGGACAUGGUGGAGGCCAAGUCUCUGAGCUUGCAGCCUCAACAUAUUGACAUCUACAGCGCCAGCUGGGGACCCGACGAUGAUGGCAAGACGGUGGAUGGACCAGCGGCUCUGGCCAGGCAGGCCUUUGAGAACGGCAUUCGCAUGGGGAGAAAGGGCCGGGGCUCUAUCUUUGUGUGGGCUUCGGGCAACGGCGGCAGAAGCCGCGACCACUGUUCCUGCGAUGGCUACACCAACUCCAUCUACACCAUCUCCAUCUCUAGCACGGCCGAGAGCGGGCGCAAACCCUGGUACCUGGAGGAGUGCUCAUCCACGCUCACUACCACCUACAGCAGCGGCGAGAACUACGACCGGAAAAUUAUUACAACAGACUUGAGGCACCGCUGCACGGACAGUCAUACCGGGACAUCGGCCUCAGCUCCCAUGGCUGCCGCCAUUAUCGCUCUGGCUUUGGAGGCAAAUCCUCUUCUAACUUGGCGAGAUGUUCAGCACAUCAUCGUGAAGACGUCCCGAGCUGGACACCUCAGCGCUCCCGACUGGAAGACCAAUGCAGCUGGUUAUAACGUCAGCCACCUGUACGGCUUUGGCCUGAUGGAUGCAGAGGCCAUGGUGAAGGAGGCAGAGCGAUGGAAGCAGCUCCCCUCGCAGCAUGUUCCACCUCAACACAUCUGUGUGGAAAGCGCCGACCGACAAAUCAGGACAAUCCGCCCGGAGCAUGUGGUGCGUUCGGUGUACAAGGCGACAGGCUGCACUGACAACUCCAACCAUCACGUGAUCUACCUCGAGCAUGUGGUGGUACGCAUCACCAUCACUCACCCUCGCCGGGGAGAUCUGUCAAUCAACUUGACAUCACCAUCAGGGACCAAAUCUCAGUUGCUGGCCAACAGGUUGUUUGAUCACUCAAUGGAGGGCUUUAAAAACUGGGAGUUCAUGACCACCCACUGCUGGGGAGAGAAGGCAGCGGGCGACUGGGUGCUGGAGAUUUAUGAUUCGCCGUCCCAGCUGCGCAGCCAAAAAGUGCCUGGCAAGCUAAAGGAGUGGUCCCUGGUUCUGUACGGGACCUCGGUGCACCCGUACUCCUCCCUGCGCAGCAUGUCUGUCGAGACCAGAUCCACCGACGCCGUGGCCCCCACCGAUGAAGAGUUCACCGAGGAGUACAGCGGUCCUUGUGAUUCCGAAUGCAAUGAGCAUGGCUGCGAAGGGCCUGGCCCACAUCACUGCAUCAACUGCCUGCACUACUUCCUCAAAUUCAAGAACAACACCAGGAUGUGCGUGUCGGAGUGUCCUAGCGGCUUCUUUCGUGAUGAUAGGAAGCGUUGCAAGAAGUGUUCGUCAUUGUGUGAAAGCUGCAUGGGCAGCCGCAGCGACCAGUGCACCACCUGUAGACCCGGAUUCCACCUCAAUGAGGGCUCCCACACGUGCGUGGCUACCUGCGGCGACGCCUUCUACCUCGACCAAGAUUCCAACAUUUGCAGGAGAUGUCCAGAGAACUGCAAGAAAUGCACCACCUCCAAUUUCUGCACAGAGUGUAAACAGGGAACCAGUUUACAAGGCAACAAAUGUCAGAUGACGUGUGAGGCGGGUUCCUACUACAAUGGCCACCGUAGGACUUGUGAGCCUUGCCACCGUGCUUGUGCCACCUGCGCAGGCACGGGUAUCGAGGCAUGCACAAAGUGUGCUGACGACUACCUGCUGGAGGAAUGGCGCUGUGUAUCCACGUGCAGCAGCGGCUAUUACCUGUCCGAGCAGACGGCCGACGGAAACCAGGUGCAGCGGUCCUGUAAGAAGUGUGACCAUAGCUGCUACGAGUGCCUGGGGCCUGGUGAGAGGAACUGCAGCAGCUGCGUCAGCGGUUACAAUCUGGAGGUGGGAGCCUGCGUGGUCAGCACCAUUUGCAAAGAUGGUCAGUACAUGGGCGGACAUGGCAAGUGUCACCUGUGUGAUGCCACUUGUCAGGAGUGCACGGGGCCUGAGAGGGAGGACUGCACCAGCUGCCCCUCCACGCGGCUUUUCGAUGAGGGCGCUUGUGUGAUCCGCUGCCAAAGGGGGCGCUACGCUACGGGCAGAGAGUGUCACAGGUGCCACUACACCUGCCACGAGUGCACUGGCGGGGGCCCUCACAACUGCACCAGCUGUGACACAGAUAUGUUCGAUGUGUCCCGCUACCUGUUUGAGAAGGAAUGUCGAGACGUCUGCCCCGAGGGCUUCUUCCAUUCCGAGCGCAAACGCUGCGAGCCGUGUGCAUCCGACUGUCUUGUGUGCACGUCGGCCAGCCGCUGCCUCGGCUGCAGCCCAGGACACAAACUAAAACAGGGACAAUGUUUUCCACUGGAGUGCAGCACAGGUGAGCUUGCAGAGGGCGUAGCCUGUCUAUCCUGCGACGACGGCUGCAAGCAGUGUGAGCACAAGGACUCCGGACACCCGGUCCAGGGAACAAUCUGCCUCAAAUGUGAAGACGAUUUCUAUCAGCUUGUUUCAGACUGCUACAAGUCUUGCCCUGAUGGCACCAUUGGUGUCCCCGAAAAUAUGACAUGCAUCCCGUGUGAAGACCGGCGCUGUUCCAUUUGCGAUGAAUCACAGUGCUACUGGUGCCAGCGAGGAUUCUACUUAUUUGAUGGUAGCUGUGUGGAAAAGUGCCAGGGGGGCUUCUUUGUGGAUGUGGAGAAUCAGGAGUGCGAGGCGUGUCACAGAGCGUGCAAGACGUGCGGCGGGCCGAAGUUUGACGACUGCGACUCGUGCCAGGAUGAGCUGGUACUGAAAGACGGCGAGUGUAUGCAGGGAACUCAGCUGGGCGUCUGCCCUAGCGGACGCUUUAGGAACGAACAAGGAGAGUGUGAGCUUUGUCAUCGUUCUUGUGAGACCUGCUUUGGUGCACGUAAAGAUGACUGCAUCACUUGUCACAAAGGAGCCUUCCUGACGUCCGAUCAGACGUGUGUUAUUCGCUGCCCCGUGUCCACAUUUGUCAACGUCACGUCCGGGCGCUGCGACGCCUGUGCGGAGGGUUGCGUCGCAUGUCGCGAUGCCGGCGCGUGCCAGCGGUGUCAGACCGGACUCUAUCUGCAACAGGGAACCUGUGUGCAACAGUGUGACAGAGGUUUCCCCGAGGGUGGUACAUGCCGCCCUUGUGCGCCCGAGUGCACGUCCUGCCACACCAACACGUCCUUUUGUCUUGGCUGCAAGGCCGACCACCUCCUGCUGGAGCACAUGUGCGUGCGUAGCUGUCCAUCUGGCUACUACAGUAAAGAUGCGCAGUGUCUCCGCUGUCCUCCCAACUGUAAACACUGCAACCAGGACGGACUCUGUCACAAAUGUGCAGAUUCCUUCUUCCUCCACGCCGACAACUGUGCGGCCGAUUGUCCUUCUGGCUAUUUCCCGAGCGAACAGCAACGUGAGUGUGUUCGUUGCCACGCUGACUGCGCCUCGUGCGACGGGCCGGACCACGACGACUGCAACACGUGCCGCAACGCCAAAGCGCGCCGCUACAAUGGAGAGUGUCUGCCCCAAUGUCCCAGCGACACCUACUACGAGACGACUGAUGGCGAGUGCAGAGACUGCGACCGCUCCUGUCUGACGUGUUCGGGCAACAAGCCAUCGGCGUGCCUCAGCUGCGGGUCGGAGCACCGCCUGGACGCAAAAGGCCACUGCGUGUGGUACAGCCAGUGCUCCCCGCACACCUACAAGGACGACAAGGGGCAGUGCCGGCCGUGCCACGCCUCAUGCCGCAGCUGCUCCGGUGGCCCCGGCCCGGACCGCUGCCUGGGCUGCGAGCCUCCACAUUUCCUGCUCAAUUCUACCUGCGUGCAUGAGUGUCCAGCCGGUUACUAUGGCGAUGACAAGGAAGAGCGUACUUGCGAGCGCUGCCACUUGAGUUGCGCCUCGUGUGCCGGACGCCACAGCGUGCAGUGCUUUGCUUGUCGGGCGACUUUCUUCAGGCAGGGCAGCAGCUGUGUGCAAACUUGCUCGGAGAGUCAUUUUGGGAACAGCAGCAGCAUGGCGUGCGAGCGCUGUGACCCCGCCUGCAGUCGGUGUCGGGGGCCCGCCGACACCGACUGCCUGAGCUGUCGGGACGGCUACGUCUACAUGAGGCAGCAAAGCCGCUGCCUGAAGAAUUGCCCGCCGGGCUACUAUCAUCACCGCUGGACCCACACCUGCCUCAAGUGCCACCCCACGUGCAAGACGUGUACAGGUGCUGGCGCUACCUCCUGCCAGUCUUGUUACCAUGGGUACCAGCUAAUUGGCUCCAGCAUUUGUGAAUCCCAGUGUCUGAUUGGCUCCUAUUUAGGCUCCCAGGAGCGGUCAUCGGACGUCAAUGGGCUCGACUGCCGGCCUUGCGACCGGUCCUGCCUGGGCUGUCGCGGCGCGGGUGCUUGGAACUGCACCGAGUGUCCCGCCUCUCAGAUCCUGAGCGACGACGGACGCUGCCUGAGCUGCUGCCACGACCGGAUGCUGCCUGCCGAUCGGCCCAUAGACUGGCAGUGCUGCAACUGCCACGCCUCACUGGUCGAGUGCAUCCUCGACGUCAACUUUGUGCAGAGAGAUGCUGGCGACUUGGACAGAGAAGGCGGAGGUAGGGCCAAACUGGUUACGACUAUUUGCGCCCUCCUGAUCCUGUCGGUCGGCGCUGGGGUUUUCGUCUUCCUCAGCACUCGCUCCAAGUCGCUCGCCAAGGCUGCCGCCAGCAAACCCAAAACUAAGAGUGGCGGCUACCAGACGCUGGACACCAACGAAGACGCUAAAGACACGACGCAAGUUGUUGCAUCCGCCUUUGGGGAUUACAGUGACAGAAUUGUCAGUGCGGAAGAUGAUGAAGAUGAUGAAGACGACAUCGUGUACAUGGGAAAAGAUGGUACCGUCUACAAGAAGUUCAAGUACGGCUUUUUGGGCGAGCAAGAUGAAGACGUUGAGCUGGAGUAUGAUGAUGAGAGCUACACCUACACGUGAGCAUGCAAACGCCAGUGGACAUACCACACAUCGGAUCUUACACAAAGGAAAUUUUAGCUGCGUGUGGGGGGAUGAAAUUUUACGAGAAAGUAUUGUAUAAAUUGUUGUAGUAAUUUAUGUGAAGUUACCAUUUAUUUUUGAAAAUGUAAAUCAAUAUGAUUAAUUGGUUACAUCUUUAUGACUAAAUGAAAUUACCUUUAAGGCACAAUCAUCAAAAAUGUAAUUGGGCUCACAAUUACCUUUAAGGCACAAUCAUCAAAAAUGUAAUUGAUCUCACCAUCAGUUUUAUUACUGGGUACCAAUGUGCAAAUGUCUAAUCAUCAUGUAUGUAUUCUCGAAGCUUUGAAACAAUGUGCACUGUACUGGGGGUUAUUAUACUCACUGGCAAUGUUUAUGAAGAAAACCUUUGACCCCCCCCCUCUAAAAAAUAAGUUUUGUGAACAUUUAUUUCUUGUGAAAAAAAAUUGCCUUCACCAAAAAAAAAGGAGAAAAGGUUUGUGGAAAAUAUUCUUCCCCCAAAAGGAAUAGUUACUUGAAUAUAUUUUAUAAAUGUUACAAAAAG